GAUAAGAGAUUAUCUGAAAUUGCUUCAUUAGAGUCAGGUUGUGAUAUUUCACAGGGUCUAAAAAAUCCAGUCUGCCUUGACAAAACUUAGCGAAUAUGUUGACGUGCACAGUCUUUUUGAUCUUAGCUAAUGCAUUUGUUACUACAAUUGCAGUUUCUGGGUCUACAGAAGAGGAAAUUGUACAGAUAUUCCAAGGAUUAAAAGCAGAAUCUAAAGAAUACAAAGAAAAGCUUAUAAACCUAGAGAAUAAAAUACUGUCACAAAAUGAAUACAUUCUUGACCAAGACAAACGUAUCAAAAGUCUCGAAAACAUCAUAAAGUCACAAAAAAGUGAUCUCAUUCCUCAACGCGAUGGAGAACAACAUGAUAAUCAGUCUCUGGAAAGAAUAUUAGAUGAAAGGAUAAAGAAGGACGCAAUGAAUAGUGUGCAUCGAUCACUAACAACAAGUCCUGUUGCUUUUCAAGCUUUUCUUUCUCAUGAUACCUUCCAUAUCGCAAAGCAUCAAGUUAUUAUGUUUGACUCGGUUGUAACAAAUAUCGGAGGUGGUUAUCACAGUCGCCAUGGACUUUUUACAGCCCCUAAAGCUGGCGUCUACAUAUUUUCUUCAUCUCUUCUCGUACAACCAAACAGUGGAAUUGAAGGACAAAUAAUGAAAAAUGGUCGAAACAUUCAAGGAGUGUUGGCUAAUUCUCGUAUUCACAAAGACUAUGUUCAAGGAUCUGGAACUGCUGUAGUUCAACUUGGCAUUGGAGAUGAGGUUUGGGUUGAGACGACUGAAUGGACUCAUGACGCAGCUUUGAGAAUGGACGAUUACACGAGCUUCAUGGGGUGUCUCAUUUUUGAGCUUUAAUUGUAAUGAUACGUUACAAUAAAUAGAGACUAUUCUUUUCAUA